AUGUCUUCUACCACCAGCAAGCGUCGCUCGAUCAUUCCUCCCGUCUCCAGCUCAGGGCCCCAAGCUCCUCUCAAUGCGUCUUCCUCCUCCAAGAUUUCCGACAAUAGCAUAUUGACCGGCAGCCACUCGAUCACAGUUCAGUCCGAAACGAUCAUCCAUCCGCGAGCCAAGCUAGAGUCAGUGAGCGGGAGCAUCUACGUCGGAAGAAGGUGCAUCAUCCACGAGCGUACACAUAUCGGCCUCAGCGACGGCGACGAGGGCAGCGGAGGGGUAACAUUGGGGGACUACGUCACCGUUGAGGUCGGCACGGUGAUCGAGGCCGGCGGUACAGAUAUUGGCGACGGCACUGUGGUCGGCGUCCGAUCUCGAAUCGGCAGUGGUGCCGUCAUUGGCAAAGUAUUCCGCCCGAAGCAUAACACGCGAUUGAUACGGGCUAAUCCCCUCCAGAACUGCACCAUCACACCACAGACGGUGAUCAGGGCCGGCGAGAAGAUCCCAGACUUCACAGUGGUGUUUUCAAACGGACGCCGCCGAACAGACAAGCGGGAUGUCGUCGAUCUGAAGCACAGGGCGCAGGCAAAGCAGGUCGAUGUAUUGCGGAAACUGAUUCCGACGAACCCUCUGCGGCGUCAAGCGGCAGCUGAGUAG